UCAAGACCGUCUUUGUGGCUUUACCCCCCUCACUAAAUAUAAACAAUGAGGGAGUGUAUAUCUGUGCAUAUUGGCCAGGCUGGAGUCCAGAUGGGUAAUUCCUGCUGGGAGUUAUACUGUCUAGAACAUGGCAUCCAGCCUGAUGGGAUGAUCUCUUCUGGCAGCACAUCCUUGGCAGAUUCUUCCUUUGGUACCUUCUUCAGUGAAACUGGAGCUGGGAAAUAUGUUCCACGAGCUGUUUUUAUUGACCUGGAGCCAACGGUUGUAGAUGAGAUCCGAAAUGGCCAUUAUCGACAACUCUAUCACCCAGAACAGCUGAUUAGUGGUAAAGAGGAUGCAGCCAACAACUAUGCCAGAGGCCACUACACCAUUGGCAAGGAGAUUGUGGACUCGGUGCUGGAUAGAAUGCGAAAAAUGGCUGACCAGUGUACAGGUUUGCAGGGUUUUCUGAUCUUCCACAGCUUUGGUGGUGGGACUGGAUCUGGCUUCACCUCCCUGUUGAUGGAACGUCUAUCAGUCGACUAUGGCAAAAAGUCCAAGCUGGAGUUCUCCGUCUACCCUGCUCCUCAGGUUUCCACUGCAGUGGUAGAACCCUACAAUUCUAUCCUGACCACUCACACCACCCUUGAGCAUUCGGACUGCUCCUUCAUGGUCGAUAACGAGGCUAUUUUUGAUAUCUGUAAGCGCAAUCUGGAUAUUGAACGUCCAUCCUACAACAACCUAAACAGACUGAUUGCACAGAUUGUUUCCUCAAUCACUGCUUCUUUGCGCUUUGAUGGCGCUCUAAAUGUGGAUCUUACAGAAUUCCAGACCAAUCUGGUUCCAUAUCCACGAAUCCAUUUCCCACUAGUUACCUACUCUCCAAUUAUAUCUGCUGAGAAAGCUUACCAUGAGCAGCUCUCUGUGGCAGAGAUCUCCAAUGCUUGUUUUGAGCCAGCUAAUCAGAUGGUCAAAUGUGACCCUCGUCGUGGUAAAUAUAUGGCUUGUUGCCUGUUGUAUCGUGGUGAUGUGGUACCCAAAGAUGUAAAUGCUGCUAUUGCUAGCAUCAAGACUCGUCGCUCGAUUCAGUUUGUGGACUGGUGUCCCACAGGAUUUAAAGUGGGGAUCAACUACCAGCCACCAACUGUAGUUCCUGGUGGAGAUCUGGCCAAGGUUCAGAGGGCUGUGUGCAUGUUGAGCAACACUACUGCAAUUGCAGAAGCUUGGAGUCGUCUGGAUCACAAAUUUGAUCUGAUGUAUGCCAAGCGGGCAUUUGUACACUGGUAUGUUGGUGAGGGAAUGGAGGAGGGAGAGUUCUCUGAGGCUAGAGAGGACAUGGCUGCUCUGGAGAAGGAUUAUGAGGAGGUUGGAGCAGAUUCUGCUGAAGAUGCUGAGGAAGAGGAAGAAGAGUACUAAAAUUGUUAGAGUACCAACAUUAAAUGUUUUUGUACAAUGUUAAAUAAAAUAUG